AUGGCGAUGCCAUCAAAUGGAGAGAAGAGAAAUAAGAUGCUAUUAGACACAGAAGGUGAUCCUCUGGAAGCGGAGCUGAAUUACUUCAUUAUGGUGGUGGGAGAAGGCAAUGGAAGAGGACUUGCUCUUACUAAGACUUGUCCGCAAUACGUUGUGCAGGAUAAACAUGGAGAUGGGCUUCCUAUGCUAUUCCAUCCCAUUUGCAAUCAAAACACCUCGGUAUUUCUAGGCAAUACAGCCGUGCAUGUUGCAAUCUCUGGACCAUCUAUUUGUGGGAAUGAUACCGGAGGUGAUGGGUGGUCCAUGGAGAGGGUAUCUAAAAUUAACCAAACUUUGGUUAAAAUAAGUUCAGGGGAGGGGCAGUCGUUCAGGAUCUCCAAAAUAGGAGACAAUGAAUAUGGGCUCUUUUGGUGUCCAGCAGUGAUUUGCCACCCAGGGAUUGGGCUUGGCCCUUCCUGCAUCGGCCUUGGCAUUCAUAAUGGGUUUGGGGUCGUUGCAGGAGGUUUGCAGCCCCGGCGUGUGCAAUUCAAGAAAUUCACUUCCUAG